CGCGCAUGCGUGUAGCAAAGAAUGGAGGAGUCGGAACCUGAGCGAAAGCGGGGUCGUACCGACGAGGCAACUGCCGGAGGAAGCCUCUCUGAGGCGGAGGAUGAGGACGACGAUGAUUACGUGCCCUACGUGCCGCUGCGGCAACGCCGGCAACUGCUGCUCCAGAAGCUGCUACAGCGAAGGCGCAAGGGGGCUGCAGAGGAGGAGCAGCAGGACAGCGGCAGCGAGCCCCAGGGAGAUGAAGACGACAUUCCACUGGGCCCUCAGUCCAACGUCAGCCUCCUGGACCAGCACCAGCACCUCAAAGAGAAGGCUGAAGCCCGCAAAGAGUCCGCCAAGGAGAAGCAGCUAAAGGAAGAAGAGAAGAUUCUAGAGAGCGUGGCAGAGGGCCGAGCCUUGAUGUCAGUGAAGGAGAUGGCCAAGGGAAUCACAUAUGAUGACCCAAUCAAAACCAGUUGGAUGCCCCCUCGUUAUGUCCUGAGCAUGUCUGAGGAGCGGCAUGAACGUGUGCGGAAGAAGUACCACAUCCUCGUGGAGGGAGAUGGUAUCCCGCCACCCAUCAAGAGCUUCAAGGAAAUGAAAUUCCCUGCAGCUAUCCUGAGAGGCCUAAAGAAGAAAGGCAUCCACCACCCAACACCCAUUCAGAUCCAGGGCAUCCCUACCAUUCUGUCUGGCCGGGACAUGAUCGGUAUUGCCUUCACUGGUUCGGGCAAGACUCUGGUGUUCACACUGCCCGUCAUCAUGUUCUGCCUGGAACAGGAAAAGAGGUUGCCUUUCUCCAAGCGUGAGGGGCCAUAUGGACUCAUCAUCUGCCCUUCGCGGGAGCUGGCUCGGCAGACCCAUGGCAUCCUGGAGUACUACUGUCGCCUACUGCAGGAGGACAGCUCCCCUCUGCUGCGCUGUGCACUCUGCAUCGGGGGCAUGUCUGUCAAGGAGCAGAUGGAGACCAUCCGACAUGGAGUACACAUGAUGGUGGCCACCCCUGGGCGCCUCAUGGAUCUGCUACAGAAGAAGAUGGUCAGCCUAGACAUCUGUCGCUACCUGGCCCUGGAUGAGGCUGACCGCAUGAUUGAUAUGGGCUUUGAAGGCGACAUCCGCACCAUCUUCUCCUACUUCAAGGGCCAGCGGCAGACGCUGCUUUUCAGUGCCACCAUGCCCAAGAAGAUUCAGAACUUCGCCAAGAGUGCCCUGGUGAAGCCUGUCACGAUCAAUGUGGGCCGCGCUGGGGCCGCCAGCCUGGACGUCAUCCAGGAGGUGGAAUAUGUGAAAGAAGAAGCCAAGAUGGUGUACCUGCUUGAGUGCCUGCAGAAGACACCCCCACCAGUUCUCAUCUUUGCGGAGAAGAAAGCAGAUGUGGACGCCAUCCACGAGUACCUGCUGCUCAAGGGGGUCGAGGCUGUGGCCAUCCACGGGGGCAAAGACCAGGAGGAACGGACCAAGGCCAUUGAGGCAUUCCGGGAGGGCAAGAAAGAUGUUCUCGUGGCCACAGACGUAGCCUCCAAGGGCCUGGACUUUCCUGCCAUCCAACAUGUCAUCAAUUACGACAUGCCUGAGGAGAUCGAGAACUAUGUACACCGUAUUGGCCGCACUGGGCGCUCGGGAAAUACAGGCAUUGCCACCACCUUCAUCAACAAGGCUUGCGAUGAAUCCGUGCUGAUGGACCUCAAAGCCCUGCUGCUGGAGGCUAAGCAGAAGGUGCCACCCGUGCUGCAAGUGCUGCACUGCGGGGAUGAGUCCAUGCUGGACAUCGGAGGAGAGCGUGGCUGUGCCUUCUGCGGGGGUCUGGGCCACCGGAUCACUGAUUGCCCCAAGCUCGAGGCUAUGCAGACCAAGCAGGUCAGCAACAUCGGCCGCAAGGAUUACCUGGCCCACAGCUCCAUGGAUUUCUGA